AUGGCUCAAUUCAGCUUAUUCCCAAGUCUCCCCCCAGAGAUCCGCCACCAGAUAUGGCUGGAAGCUCUCUCCAACGCCGACGAACCCGGCGAGACCCCCCUCUUCUACUUCAAAAAAGGCUGCUGGCGCUACCGACCUCUCAAGCCAGAAGAUUCGGGUUGGCACCCCAGCUGCGAGACCCUAUGCCUCCGGUUCGACCAUGACCGUCUCGAUCCCCUGAGAUAUGACCACCCCUUGUUCCACGUCAACUGGGAAGCCCGCAGCGCUGCUCGGUCCUGGGCCAGGUCCCCCGGAGAGAAAGAGAAAGAGGCGGCUUCUCUUCUCAUGACCCGGUCAUUCGACGCAGACCGCGACAUGCUAUAUGUCUCGGAGGAAGAGUACGGCGACUUCAUCACCGAACCCUCGGAAUGUCCCUGUGAGGCCGGAAACUUUGAUACGUUCAGUGGCUGUGGCCCCCACUGGCACCGGCUUGCUGUGCCGCUUGGGUUGCUAAAGAAUGACCCUGCCGCGUUUUCAGAGUUGUAUAACGAAUAUGGGAGCGUUUGGAUAGUCUAUCUCAUUGUCGAGGCUGAGCCGGACGACUUUUGGCACGUCCAGGGUACGGACAGCCGAGAACGGCAGUGGUGGGAGGUGCAGAGUCUAGAAGGGGCCCCGGAUGCGAACUUUUACAGCGACGAUGGUAGCGAGUUCCUUUGGAGCGGAUAUACGUCUGCGCUUGAUCGGUAUUAUUUAAAUGAUGUAUUGGGUCCUGUGGCGACGGAGAUGUUCAAUAACGAUGUCAUCCGGUGGUAUCCCGUGUUUCAGAUUCGACCGGCUCGUGUUGUUAGGAAGUGUAUAUAG